GAGAGCCGUAAACUGGCUGCUCAGCGAUUGCGCGGCGCGACAGCGCAGCGCGUGCGGGUGUUUUCCGAACCGAAUUUGCGAUCUCGGAGAGAGGGUAGCGGUGCGCCCGGUGGAAUUGGGAAAUCUGGGAUGGAGGAGCAGUUCAUCCUCCGUGUGCCACCCUCCGUGGCGGAGCGGAUUGAGAGGCUCAUGAACGAAGCCGCCGGCGCCUCCUCGUCCAGCCGCGAGCGCGCCUCCCUGGACCUUUCCUUCUCAGAGGAUGGAAGAAGUGGAACAUUUAUGAUUGGAAACGAAAGCUUUCCGGCAUCUCUUUUGGAUCUCCCAACUGUUGUGGAGUCGUACAAGACGUACGAUGAUUCUGUGCUAAUUAAAACAGCUGAUAUUGGUCAGAUGGUUAUGGUCAGAGAAGAAGAUAAUCUUGCUCCAGAAGGAGUUGAAUAUAAGCAUGGUCUUACUCCUCCAAUGAGGGAUGCACGCAGGCGGCGUUUCCGCAGAGAGCCUGACUUAAAUGCAGAACUUGUUCACCGAGUUGAGAAGGAUCUCAUGAACAUUAUGCUUGGAGUAUCUGUCAACCAGAAUGCUAGUUUAAUUGGAGCGGGGGAAGGUGGUGAACGCAAGAAAGCUGCACCAGCUUCAGCAAUCAAACCUAAUGUUCAACAACCUGGCGAGGAAGCUGAGGCAGAGAGAAGUGACUCCGAUGAGUCUGUUGACCCAUGAGUUCAAGUUGACCCGAGUGAAUAAUCCUGCUUCAAUUGCCCGAGCACACCCAAUGGACUUAAAGAGCUAAAGGUAUCUUAUCUCCAUACAAGCUAACGGGCAUGUUGUCACUUGUCACUCUUUAAGGUUUUGUGAUAUCUCUGUAAAACUUAAUGCGAAACAUGAGCUUUAAGAUGAAAGGAUAUCGAUGCUACUGGCAAUCAGGCAACUUUUACUCAGUUGUAGCCCGUAUCAGAUAGUUCUAAGUUCUUGGAAUUAGUUACUUCAUCCGAAGUAAACGAAGACAUUUGAUGUAAGCUUUCAUUGUACAUGUAGGCAACUGUUCAGAGAGCUCCAUGUGAGCAAGCGUGAGUGGUUGAAUAUUUUACUAUCAUCUAAGUAGCAUCAUUUUGAAUUUCCACAUCCUCAGAAAUAUGGGAUAUCAAAUACAAUGCUGCAAGUUUGCUUGACUGUCUUCUUGUUAUUUUGGGUUGUUGUCGAUUGAUAUUAGGACCUUGUGUUCUCAUUGAAGGAUGGAAUUCUG